CCUGCAUCACCCUGUUGCUCACCUCCUCCCACCAUGUCUGCCGAGACUACCGACGCCCAACCGACUCCGCGGAGGUCCUCUCGCUUCGGCGACGAGUCGGCGCCAGGCGUCGUCCCCUUCGUCUCGUCAGAUGGAAUGUGUUUCUACAUCGAACGCGCGAAGCUCGAGCGCGAGGCGGAUGCGUUCCCUCCUCCUAGUGCGACCCUCGCACCCGGCGAGGUCGUCCCAUUGGAAGAGGAUGGCGAUACUCUGGAACUUCUGUUCCGCUUCGUCGAUCGCGAAGAAAUCUCCACAAGCUCAUACACGAUGUUGCCCUCCCUAAAGCUGGUGCUAAGAAAGUCACGGUCUCAAUUGACACCUGGCACGCCAUCCGCCACAUUGCUACCACCCUAGUUCAACAGCCGAAAUCUUCCGAUACCACGCGGAUUCAGGAGCUCACUGCCAAAAUCGACGCGCUCGCCAACGAAGUCAAGAACAUCACCACCUCGCCCUCAAAAUCACUCUACAGCACGAUCGCUGCCAAUCCCCGAGGCCAGUCGCCGC